CAAGAGCAGAAGAGGACAUUGAGCGAGAAACAGAGCAGAAGGAGAGAGACAUGGGGGAGAAACAGAGAUCAGCAGAGAAGAGCAGGAGGAGAAGUCAUGCGGCGAGAAACAGAGAGAGCGCGGAGACAUGGGCGGGAGAAACAGAGAGAGGAGAGAGACAUUAGAGACGAGGGAGAGGAGAACAUGGGAGAGAGAGAGCAGAGAGACAUGGGAGAAACCAGAGAGCCACAGGGCACCAAUCUCGGAUCCAGAAGCGAACCGGUCGCCUCCGCUGAGGCGCAGAAACCUAUGAACUGA